GGCUGCCCCAUCUACGAGGCGACGCGGCGGGGUUUGGGGUCCGCGCUCCUCCGGUCGCCGCGGAAGCUCGCGCGGCUCGUCGGCGGCAUCUGCGAGGCGUCGCCCGUGCCCGUGUCCGUGAAGCUGCGCCUGUCGCCCGCGGGUCCGAACGACGCCAACUACCUCGACCACGUCGCCGCGCUCCGCGACCUCGGCGAGGAAGGCCCGGCGUUCCUGACGCUCCACGGGCGCACGGCGACGCAGCGCUACGGCAAACCCGCGGACUGGGCCGCCAUCGAGGCCGCCGCGGGCGCCGCGGGCGCCGUGCCCCUCGUGGGCAACGGCGACGUGCUCACGCACUACGAGGCCGCGGCGCGCCGCGCCGCGGCGCCCGCGGCCGCGGGGCUCAUGGUCGGCCGCGGCGCGCUCGUCACGCCCUGGCUCUUCGACGAGAUCAGAAGCGGGUCGACGUGGCUCCCGACGGCCGAGGAGCGCGCGGCGGUCUACUACGAGCUCGCGGCGAACUACCGGACCCAGUUCGGCGACGACGCGCGCGGCAAAAACGCGGCGUUCUACUUCUUGCCGUUCCACUUCAACUUCCUCCACCGCUGGCGGCCGCUG